AUGCCUCUUGAUCUAGUUGUCAAAGGCGAAGGCUCUGCCAGCCGCUUGGCAAACGUCGUCAAAAUCGUCAUCGCAUUCAGGUCCGAGGGACUCUAUCGCAAAGAAGCCAGCACAACUCUGUUCAAAGCGGUCCAACAGCUCACGGACACACUGAACAAGAUCUCGCCACGUUCCGACAGUGGACACUCUGUGUUCCAGGCCACUUCGGAUGGCCCAAUCACCUCUUGGAAGAUUGGCUCCCUUCAUUGCCAGACCGAGACUGUCCGACUCCCAUCUACGAGUGUUGUUCAAGAAACUCACACAAUCACCACUUCCUGCAGCAUUACCGUCCACGAUUUACCGAUUCUUGAACAAGUUGGCAACGCCAUUGUUAGACUGCCCUGCGUUUCCACUGUCAACACACUAUGGUCUCUCGACGACCUGGCCAAUGUCCGUCUGAAAGUUGAGGUCCAUGAGUUGGCCGCCAAGGACGCCCUUAACAAAGCGACUGCCAUCGCCUCAAGCAUCGGUUUCACAAAGGUCGUGGCAAAGACGGUGGAAUUGAAGGACUCAAUAAAGGUUGCGAUCAAUAGCAGUAGUCUGUUUGAAGAGACUAGUCAACGCGCACACGCAUAUCAGUCAGGAAGGCGUUUUGCAGAUGGCUGCCUUCUGGAAGACUACGAGGAAGUUGUCCCUACAGGUAUCAGAGGCGAUGGCAAAUGGACUGGUUGCGAUGAUGCGGGUCAUCUGGACGUCUGGAGGUUGGUGUUUGCGCCAAAAACCAUCACGAUGCAUGCCAAGGUCGAGGCUAACUUCUCUGCUAUCAGCUCAACCGGAUGGGUCUACGAGGAGUUCAACGAGCAUCGCUUCAUCACCAGCUGA